AUGAAACAGAGGAGUUUCAUUUUACUCCUCCUCUGUUUUGUUCUUAUAACCUCAGCUAUUACUUCAGUUUCAGCAGAAGCACAAUGCAUGAACAGUGGGAUUUACAUUUCAAACAGCACUUUCGAAGCAAAUCUCCCACGAAUACUCUCUUUUCUUCCUUCAAAUGUCACGGCUCAAGACGAUUUCUUCUACAGCGGUUCCAUCGGAGAAGAACCAAACCAGAAAGUCUACGCAACAGGGAUGUGCAUCCCAGGAUCAACUUCAGGUCAAUGUUCUGUUUGUAUCAAGACCGCUUCUGAUGAUUUGUUACAGAGCUGCCCUGGCCAAGUAGAAGCCUAUAAAUGGGCAACUGAGCCAACGCUUUGCUAUGUACGGUACGCUGAUGCUUCUUUCUUGGGCUCUCUAGAUGCAGACAGCAAUAAUUUGGUCUACAACCCUGGAGAUUCCAACUCAAAUCUGAUAGAGUUCAAGGCAAUAUGGGACGACUUAGUGGUUCGUAUGAUUGCUGCAGCCUCCAAAGCAAAAAGCACACCAUCGUCCAGUGAUAACCAUUACACAGUUGAUGUUGCAGCAUUGACACCUUCACAGAAUCUAUACGCUUUGAUGCAGUGCACGCCGGAUCUUUCUUCUGGUGAUUGUGAAAAAUGUCUCCAACACCAGUCAUGUUGUGGUCAGAGGCAAGGAGGCGUUAUUAUGAAGCCAAACUGCUAUUUCCGUUGGGAUGUGGUUGCAUUCUACAAGGUUUUUGAUAAUAUUUCUGUGGCUUAUCGUCCUCCUCCUCCUUCUGAUGGUAGUAGAAAAAUGUCAACAAGAGUUAUUGCGGCAAUUGUUGUUCCCAUUGUAGUCAUCAUUAUCAUCAUCAUCAUCGUGGUACUAAUUAUUCGGCGAUCUGCUCUACUUUGCUGGAAGAAAAAACCAUUUCAAGAAUUUGAUUUUUCUCAAUCUGGUAUCUCAGCUGUACGUUCCCUCCAAUUUGAUUUUAAGGCAAUUGAAUUUGCAACAGACAAGUUUAGUAACAAGCUUGGUCAAGGUGGAUUCGGCGAAGUUUUUAAGGGUACGUUGCUUAAUGGAACAGAAGUUGCUGUGAAGAGGCUAUCGAAAACAUCAUCACAAGGUGCACUAGAAUUCAAGAACGAGGUUGUUGUUGUUGCAAAACUUCAGCACAAGAAUCUUGUUAGGCUUCACGGCUUUUGUCUAGAAGGAGAAGAAAAGAUCCUUAUUUAUGAAUUUGUCCCUAACAAGAGCCUUGAUUACUUCCUCUUUGAUCCAACAAAGAAAGGGGAAUUAGACUGGACAAAACGAUACAACAUUAUCGGGGGAAUCACUAGAGGAAUUCUAUAUCUUCAUCAUGAUUCGCGGCUCACAAUCAUACACCGUGAUCUCAAAGCAAGUAACAUUCUCUUAGAUGCCGAUAUGAACCCUAAAAUUGCUGAUUUUGGAAUGGCCAGAAUUUUUGAGAUGCACCAAAACGGAGCAAAUACAAACAGGAUAGUUGGGACAAGAGGAUACAUGCCCCCAGAAUAUGUAAUGCAUGGACAGUUCUCAACGAAAUCAGAUGUCUAUAGUUUCGGAGUCUUAGUUCUUGAGAUUAUAUGUGGUCGACAGAACAUGUUUGUCCACCAAGCAGACACUACUACAGUUGAGAAUUUGGUCACAUACGCUUGGAGAUUGUGGAGAGACGGGAGACCAUUAGAACUUGUGGAUUCAACCAUUUCAGAGAAUUGUCAGACCGAAGAAGUGACAAGAUGCAUCCACGUUGCGUUGCUAUGUGUUCAACACGAUCCCACAGAUCGUCCUGACCUGUCCACAAUCGACAUGAUGCUCACUAGGAACUCCCUAAACUUACCUCUUCCUCAAACACCUGGAUUCUUCUUUCCAAAUAGACGCAGUUACCGAGAACAAGAUGGCAUCGUGUCUAUCCAAUCUACGAUCACGUCCAAUUCAUACACUAACAAUGAUCUAACCAUUACAGAUCUGGAACCUCGUUGA